GGAAAGAAACAAAAAAAUCUUGCGAUUUCGUGUAAUCGAGAUCGACAUCGCGCGAUUCAUGAGGACAAAUUUUGCUGAAACCCGACAGCGAGACCGCGAGAGGUUAUCGAUCGAGAAACAUAUACAAAAUGGCGGCGUCGCGUCAUCGGUAGUGUCCUCUAUCAACGAAUUCUCGCACGAUCGUGACCAUCCUGGACUCGUGUACUCCAAGAAAUAUCACGAUUAAAACGUACGAAGAAACGGAUUGUGUCGCCUAUUUCAUUGUAAUCAGCAUCGUUCAUUCAUCAUCGACAAUUCUCUCAUCGUGCACGCGUUCUACGCGAGUCCGCGUUGCUCCGUGCUCGUGAGAUUGCGGUUAGAAUUACGUUUUUUUCUUUCGAACACGCUUGUGCCGCCAUCUAUCUUGUACGUCGAUCUGACAGGGGCCAGCGGACAGGAAGAUACGGUGGAAACGAUUGGAGCUCGCGGGCGUCUCGGCUGAAUCGAAGAAAUUUACGUGAUCCGACGUGGCGCGAUCCACGACGUUUGUCGUCCGGAUAAUCGAGGACGUCCCGAAGGUUCCUAGAGGCAUCGUGAUCGAGCGGUACGUAGAACAACGGUCGCCCGGUCAUCUUUUUCAUCGUAGCUGGUCGCCAAACGGUCGACAUGGCGGCAGAGCGAUGAGCCAAUCGCAGCGCCGCUCUCUCGUGCCGCUUCGCCAUUCAACGACGACGACGACUCCAUUCGCCCGCUGCCGCCACCGACAUUACCACCACCACCGCUAACCAGCGGCGCAGCUAGAGACCCCCUUCUGGCGUAAUUCGCGUCGUCGAUCUCGCUAUCUCGAAUUUGGCGAGUGCUUUUUUUCAACGUUACGCACGGCGGCGCCGAACGAGGAACGGCACCGCGAACGGGAGUGCGACGUGCGGUGACGUGCACUCCGCGGGCGCAUCGCGUCGCGCCGAUUGUGUUUGGUCACGUGACCGCGCCGAACCGACCGUCGGCCGUGGGAAAUGGCGCAAAGAUCAGAGUGCAUCGGGCAUCAUGGAUGGAACCAGCUCCUUUCCGCGGCGAUGUCACUUGUGUUUGUUUACAAGCGUGCGAGCACGCGCGCCACGUGCUGAGUGAGGAGGCAAGAUCGGGAGAGGAGAGGAGAGGAGUGGUAAGAGAGACGAAGAGAGGUAGUGAGCGAAGUGUGCGGUAAGAGGGAACGGCUGAACAGGACAGGUAGGCCCUCAUCGACAGUCCCUCCUCUGCGUGGAAAAUCGUAUUCUGAAAAACGAGGUUGACGGCACCAGUGCCGGCGCGAGGACGACAACGACGACGACGAUCAUUGAAGGUACCACGGCGACGUACGACAAUAAUGACGGGCAGGGGCUCGAAGAGGCGGGGGCGCCCGCCCAAGUCCGUGGUGAUGGAACGUCCGAAGAAGUUUCAGUAUCAUCUGAUGAAGAAACCCAAGUAUCUACAGAACAGGACAGCCGGUGCACUUGGUGGUGGCACCGAGACGCCGGGCUCACAGCCGAGCACACCAACGGCAUCGCGUCCGACGUCACCAUCGGUCGAGAGCGAGGAAAGCAGCAAGCGCAGCACAAGGAAUCAGCGUAAGUCACGUAGUGGUCGUGACCGACACUCCCGCAAGGGUGGCCAUGCCGGAUCCACAGGUGGUGUCUAUCAGCGUCGUGGUUACAAUCCCAAUGUCGAUUAUCAUGAUUCUGAAUACCAUUAUGGCUCUGAUUUUGGCGAUGAGUCCAGUGAGAAGAGUGAACCGGAGGAAGACCCGUUGCCAACCGAUAUGGAAUCUUCUGAGAGCAUAGAUGAACCCGAUCCCUCGAGUGAUAGCGAUUUUUCACUGUCCAGUUACAGUACAACUAGUGGCACACCCAGAAAAACUUUGCUCGCUCAACAGCGGCCACCUAGUCCAGAGCCGUUGUGGCUGCAGAAUAGAGAACUGCCACCGUUAGUGUUACCCAAGUCCUCGGAUGAUCUAUUGGUCCCUAAAGAACUGGUCAUGCCAUCGCUCUCCAUCUACGAAGUACUCAGGCACUUUCGCACGUUGGUACGUCUCUCCUCCUUUAGAUUUGAAGACUUUUGCGCCGCUCUUAUGUGCGAAGAUCAAACUAACUUGCUGGCGGAGAUUCAUAUUAUGCUGAUCAAGGCACUGUUGCGAGAGGAAGACUCACAGCAGACGCAUUUUGGUCCAUUGGAUCAAAAGGAUUCUGUGAACGUUAGCUUGUACUUUGUGGACUCCAUGACAUGGCCAGAGGUGCUACGUUCAUAUGUGGAGAGCGAUAAGGGUUUUGAUCAGAACAUUUUACAGACAUUAACCACUACUGAAUAUCCUUUUACUGCCAUCGAGGAUAGAAUCAAGGUCCUACAAUUUUUAACAGAUCAAUUCUUAAUAACAAAUCCCGUGAGAGAGGAUUUAUUGCAUGAAGGAACUAUGCAUUAUGAUGAUCACUGCAGAGUAUGCCAUCGACUAGGAGAUCUGUUGUGUUGUGAGACUUGUCCAGCUGUAUUUCAUUUAGAAUGUGUAGAACCACCUUUGGUUGAUGUUCCUACUGAGGAUUGGCAAUGUAGUACAUGUAAAGCUCAUAAAGUGAUUGGUGUCGCGGAUUGUAUUCCUGACGUUGAAAAGAACGGAUCGUUAUGUAGACAAGAGCAUUUAGGAUUUGACAGACAUGGCAGAAAAUAUUGGUUUCUUACAAGAAGAGUUUUUGUUGAGAGCGAAGACGGUGAAGUGUGGUAUUAUAGUACACCUUUACAAUUAGAGGAGCUAAUGCUUGCAUUAGAUCAAAAUGAAAUGGAAGUAGCGCUUUAUCGUGAAUUAUCAGAUUACAAAGAAGAAAUAGUCCGACAAAUGGAGCUUACAGACACUAUUACUAAUCAGUUUAAAGGAAAUAAGAAAUCCUAUAUAGAAACAGAAAACAAUCUUAUACAAAAGAUACAAAAAGAACGACAAGAGAAACAGGAGAAAGAAGAGGAAGAGAGAAAGGAAAAACAAAGGCAGGAAGCUGAGGAAAUGAUACGCAAAAUGCACGAGAGUACAGAUGCUCCUGAUGAACGUACUACUGUAAUGACGGAACAGGGUGAAACAAAAAUCUCCAGUGACGAGUCGACUCCAGCUACACAAAUACCUGAGGUGAUCGGCGAAACUGUUGAGGUCGAUGCCGAGGCGUCAAACACGACGAAUACGGACAAAACAACGAAAACUAGUACCUCUACGUCAUCAUCUGAAGACAUUGACGAGGACACAUUAGAAGGAGAGGAAAAAAUAGGAAAAGACGGCAAAAAGCAUACUAUCGUGACGAGAUCGAAGACUGGUUCGUUGCAACCGCGAACCUUUAACAUGGAUGACAUAAAAAGACGAAGCAUGGCACCGUUGUCGAAGGAAGAGCAAGAGAAGUUAGACAAGGGUCUAAAAGAUUCCGAAAACGAUGGAAAUAUCAGGGUAACGCGUCAAAAGGCACAUCAAAUCGCGUCUGGCACACACUUAUUCAAAUUGGGCAUGGACAAUAACUUUAAGUCGUAUGUCAAUCAGUACAGCACCAAUCCUAUCGCGCUAAAUAAGACUCAGAGAAACGAGGAGCGCGAUAAGAAACGUCAUUUGUCGCACAAGUUCUCGCUUACGCAAGCAUCAGAGUUCAAAUGGGUGGGUAGUUUGACGGGUACUCGUGCUCUGUUAGUCAGUACUCUACGUCAAACGAUCCUACAGCUCGAAAGCAAUAUUCAGGCGUCGUUUAUGCACAUCAAUUGGCCACUACUACGUAAACCAUGGACUACGGCGGUGGGAUCGUGCGUGAAUCCACGAGAUUUUGCGCGCACUCUCAUCGUCUUGCAAGCAUGCAUUAAGUCUGUCGUAUUUGCGAGUGUGUGGCAUGAUCAACUCGGCCAUGUGAAAUUGCAACGGGUGACUGCGCUCGAACGCGAGGAGAAAAAGCGUCAAGACAAAAAGGAAAAGAAAGAAAAAGAGGACGAGGAGGAGCGUAAUCGGCUCUUUAAUUUCGUCAAGUACACACUCGGCUUAAAGCAUCAGGUAUGGAAGCAGAAGGGUGAAGAAUACCGGGUGCACGGCCAGGGUGGUUGGCUCUGGGUGUCGUCCAGACGCCGUCACCGAGUCUCAGACAUGACAAAGACGGGCUUACGAGCCGGUCCACAAAAAAUUAUGGUACAGGUGAAGGAUCAGAGUGGCCUGAAAAUUCUUGCGCUCGACCCAUCUACUUAUGAAUUCCUCAUCAAAGAAUAUUGUCCGAGUAAGAUAGAGAAUGGUAUUGUGAAACAAGAAAUCAAAGAGGAAGGAGUAGAAAAUGAUACAAUAAAACAGGAAUGUGAUAUGGAAAAUGUAAAAAAGGAGCCUACAAUUGACAGCAAGACGAACGGUGUUAAUUCUUCCCCGGUGAAACUGGAAACCUCGGUCAAACAAGAAACAAAGAUGAAUUUAUCAAUUUUAGCUGGCAUGAAAAUCGAAAAAGUUUUUACUCCGAUUACUGAGUUCGAAGAGAUAAACAUCAACAAGGCACUAACCACUUCUGGAAGAUUGCAAUAUCCAAAAGUUGCAAAAAAGACGAAAAUUGAUGAUUUCCUGGCGCGCAGAACACAUUUGAAGUUUUUGGAAGAAAGAAAAUUAUUGCAAUCUGCAAAGGCGAAAGAAGUAAGUCAGACACCAAAUCAGAAAGGCGGAGAUGGCGAUUGCUCGGAGAUCGAUACGGAAAAUCACGAAGAAAAUGAUACAGAUAGUACCGUUGGUGCUGGCGGAGAUGGUCCUCAGCAAGGUCUUUCGUUGACGCCUGCCGGUAAGCAACAAAUGAAUAAAACGACAGUAACAACUCUCUCUCCGUCUUCGAAAGAAAUGCUGGCGACGAUUACCAAGCGCAUCCAACAAGUGCGCUUGCAAUAUUCAACUGUCUUGAAACUCUGCAAGAACAGUAGCUGUUACUCACGCUAUUGUAACAUGAAUAACGCCAAAAAUAAUGCCGUGCAAGUUAAUACCACGCAGGCCAUCACUCCAAAUAUCAUCGACACCUGUUAUUCGCCUUUGUGCAUGCGAAAGGCGCGACUGAAGCGCGAUCUGAUCGUUCUACUACGCAAGGCAAACGCUCUGAACAACAAUCAGUCCUCUUCUUUAUCCUCGCUACAGACCUCGCCUACAGUGACUUCCGCGAAAACAGAAGUUUCUCCUGAUGAAUCAAAAGAUGCGAUCAAACGGGAAUCGGCGAUGGCAACUAACUGCAACGACGAAACAGUGAAGAUGAACACAAAGGAUGACGUUUCUUCUCCAAAGAAGAUGAAGCUCGACAAUGAGCAUAUGAAGAAUUCUAACGUGACUACCGUCACAACAAGUAACGUCGUUACUACCACCACAACGAUUACGACAACUCAGCAGACUGUGAAAAAUACGGAUGGCAUAACGCAGGAGCAUUCCGCCGUUAAUCGUAAUUCGACGACCGUCUCGUCAGAAACUAUGACUACAACAACAAAUAAGAAUGGUGCAAAAACAGUGAUAAUCGUGAAUCGUAGAGGAAGGACAGUGCAGCGAAGUACGUUUGUCAAAGAAUUGCAUGCUGACGGUACCGAGCGAAUAUACACGGCAACAUCAACAGAGGGUAAGCUAUAUCUGAAAAAAGUGGUGAACACGACAGCUGAUCGUAAGAAAAAACGCACACCAGUCAAAUAUCCACUCUGCUCGACUUUCUGCACGAAGAAUAAACAACGCAGUAUAUUAGUACUUCCUCGGCACGAAUUGAGGAAAUUAUCCCGCGUCGGUGGUAAAACACCCGUGCAAGGAUUCCAUCAUCAAGCCAAGGCAAAUAUGUCAGUGUGGCCAUAUCCUUGUCCCAGACCCUUAUUCAAGACUUGCUGGUUGUACAGAACGGUUGGUUUGAAGUCGCUAGCCGCUGCUGCGAUUCAGUUGAGAAUACUCUGGGCUUGUCUCAGAUGGGACGACAUGGCAGCCAAGCCGUUGUCCACCGACGGUAAAAAUCAGAUCACCACCGAUACGGAGAUCAUGUCUCUGGAGAUAUUGAAGCAUCGACAUGUUGGGCAGUUCCUCGACAGGGCUCAAUAUCUACGUAGGAAAGUCGUCAUACCGCUCGAACUUCCAAAGCAAGUCAGAGAGGUAACGUCUAUAAGGAGUGGACUGAGAAAAAGAAAGCGUCCUGAAUCUCCACAAAGCACCAAACCACAAGUUACUGAGGAAUGGGUCGAUGAAGAUAAAUUAGAAUUAUGGGAGAUCAAACAAUAUGGUGACAGGUUAGAGAAGGCUAAUGCGCAGAUUAUUACUAGGAGUCGCUCAGGUGCACCACAGUCCGUGAUCGUCAGUAGUGGAAAUAAAACCGUCACUACUGUUACCACCACCAGUGGCACAGCUGGUCUAACUGGCGAUCAGCUUGUGAGCGGCAAAGCAACACCAGAAGAAAUUAAAGAAAAGAUGGAACAGCAAUUGCGCAUGCAACGGGCGGCUCAUCAACAAAAGCGUGCUUUGCAUGAGAUGACUGUUAAAAACCAAUCCGGAAAUUCGUCGCCUGCUACCUCUCACAUUGUUAAAGUUACAACCAAUUCUUCUUCCGAUGGUACCGUUAAAUUAGUUACAAAAGUCCCGAUUCCGGCAAACCCGAACAGCAACAAGUCGCAGUUGACUUCUCUUCUAACAACUCCUACACAAAAUAAAACGUUCAUCGGUACAAGGCGGAUUUAUAUGACGAAAUCUGCUGAUGGAACUACUAAGGUUGUAUCCGGUCCUACUAGUAUUUUACCGAAAACGCCGCCAACUCCAGGGCUAAAUCAGCAAUCUGUGAUUAGGAUAACGCCAACAAGCACUAAUGUCUCACCUGUGCCACAGAGAGUGCAAAUUCUCAGAGGACCAGACGGGAAGUUGCAAGUGCGUGGCUUGUUGCCUGGCCAGCAGUUGGUUCAAAUGCCGGAUGGAAAGCUGCACGUGGUGAAUGUAAGCCAAACUGUGGGCACCACAAUUGCACAAAGUGCUCAAACGAAUUCAACAACAUCUACAACUUCACAAACGAAGACUGUGACUGCCGUUAGUACUAAAGUGGCGGCGACUGAGAGUACGUCUGUGAUUAAAACCAGUCCGAAUGCAAAGACAACAGCGAGCUCACCGCAACAAGCGCAAACGCCUCAGUCAAAUUAUUGUGUACAAACUGUUCAACGAGUAAAAUCCGCGACCAUGACUCUGGCACCCGUCUCAACAGCUCAAGGAACGAAGAAUGCUAUCGUAGUCACUAACACAGGACAAACCGCGCAGGUAAUAUCUUCUGGUGGACAAGUGAUAAGUGGGAAUCCUAUAAUGGUCGCCACAAACGCAAAUUUGGUUCAACAAUUGGCGACAGGCAAGGCUCACUUGACUACGAUUGGCAAUCAAGUUGUGAUACGUAACGCAUCCAAUCAGAUUGUGCACGUGAACUCUCCUAAUGGUGGAUUUAUCGUGAAAGGUACUGUCACCACGAAUAAACAACAAGCUUUACAAACCACGCCAACUUCAACAGUUGCACAAUCAUCUACAAAUACGAGUCCGACGACGACUACCGCAACAUCCACGAUGUCAACAACGACAACUCAGAGUUCCGCCACGACUCCAAUUCCAGGGAGUCUUGAGGCUUCUUUACUGGUUGGGCAACCACCCGGUACAAUAAUCAAAUGUGUGACGGCGCAAGUUAUCAGUACAGCUGAGGGUCCACGAAUUGUGCUGCAGGGUUUAACGGGCUCGGAUUUUACACCACAGCAAUUAAAUAUGGUGCAACAACAAGUUAAACAGCAACUUCUGAAAGCACACGCAGCGACUGGCAAACAAGGCGUUUUAGGACCAACGAAGAUUUACUUAGCUGUUCAACCAGCCCAAUCAUCCAACAACAAUCAGCAACAACAAUCACCGACUAUACAAGUUUCAUCAGCAAAUACUCCUAUAUCUGCCACUCCAAAACAACAACAGUCAAUUUCUCCAUCAUCUACCAAUGGCAAACGACAACACCAAAAUCGACAGAAAAACCAAAAGUAGUCGUUCAGCAAGUAGGACGUGUAGCAAACGUGACAGAAGAUGACACACAAAAGGCAAAUAUAGCUAAUGGACAACAACCAUCGUCCCAA